CCCUUUGAUGUUUAACGUGAAUUGGUACGUGCCAGAGGCGGGUACACGAUAAUUACAGCAUCUGCAGAUACUUUACCAAGUUCGUAUACGUACCCGUUACCAGUUUGCAAGAUGUCAUCGACCAUGUGCGCCAUAUUUCUCUCCAUUGUGGUGGCAGUGGUAUACUGUGCGGUCCAGGCAGCUGCCGUUGCCCAUCCCGGAAUGUACUACAAUCGUCCCUCCCAACCAGCUCCACUGACACCGGAAACCGGCGCCGCAAAGCCCCCCGUGUCCAAGGAAAAGCCCGUCGUGCCGUAUGUCCCCGUUUCCAGCUGGUUUUUUCCGGGGUCACGGCGCUUCGUACCGGUCAGCGACAGUUCCAUGGAUGAUGCCGGCUUUGAUGCUGAUGCCGAUAUGCGCAAUGUCGGCACUUGGAAACGUAUGGGUCAUCCUGGACGCUUUCUCGGUCGUCCAACGAGUGUUGCAAAAGGAGAUGACUUCAUUGAUAACGACAAUGACGCCGCUUUGCAGAAUGCGUUAGCGGCACCAAUGGCCCGGUAUAACUUUUUCAGACUUAUGGGACAGUAAUCAUAUUAUUACGAGUAUUUCAAUACACGUGCUCGUGAUAUUGCAUGGUACGCCUUAUGGAACUUCUGCUUGAUAAAAUACUUAAUUUUCGUAGAUAAUUUAAUAGAAUGUCUGCUUUACGAGUUUUUAUAAAAUUUUCCUAGACUUUCGGUAUAAUUUUGUAUAACUGACGAUGGACUCGUGUUAAAACAUCACUAAAGUAUUAGUAUACGUGUACGUUCGUGGCUGGACCAGAUGAUGUGCUAAAUAUGGUUGUAUAAGGUACUAAAUCACCAUGUGCAUGAAACCAAUAAAAUCAUACAUGC